AUAAAGGAAUACGAUUCACUUGUAUAUUUGUAUAGCUCUCCCAAAAUAUAUAUGUUCGUCACCUUUGCCAUUUAAUCCCCUGUCCAUCUGAGAAAAUAAAUAUAAAUAUAUCUCAGGUUUAAUCAAGGAAUUGUGAAAAUAAAGAUGUUGGGGAUUAUAAAAUCAAAAUUUAGUCCUUCAGGAGGAGGCCUGUCAGCUCCGAUGUUAAGACCUACUAUAUCAUCAGCCAUUAGACAUUACUCUUCUGCAAUCAAGCAGAUGACAGUGAGAGAUGCUUUAAACUCUGCUCUAGAUGAAGAAAUGGCUGCUGAUUCUAAUGUCUUUAUCAUGGGUGAAGAGGUUGGAGAAUACCAAGGUGCAUAUAAGAUAACCAAAGGACUGUUGGAUAAGUAUGGGCCUGAGAGAGUUGUUGACACCCCUAUUACAGAGGCUGGUUUUACUGGCAUUGGUGUGGGUGCUGCGUAUCAUGGUCUAAAGCCUGUUAUAGAGUUCAUGACAUUCAACUUCUCCAUGCAGGCAAUUGAUCAUAUUAUAAACUCUGCAGCAAAGUCAAACUAUAUGUCUGCUGGCCAGAUUAAUGUUCCCAUCGUUUUCAGGGGUCCAAAUGGUGCUGCUGCUGGUGUUGGUGCCCAACAUUCCCAAUGUUAUGGUGCAUGGUAUGCUGCAGUUCCUGGUUUGAAGGUGCUUGUCCCUUACUCCUCUGAAGAUGCUCGUGGACUUUUAAAAGCUGCUAUUAGAGACCCUGAUCCUGUUGUUUUCCUUGAAAAUGAGAUCUUGUAUGGUGAGUCCUUCCCGGUUUCUGCUGAAGCUCUUGAUUCAAGCUUCUCUCUUCCGAUAGGAAAAGCCAAGAUUGAAAGAGAAGGUAAAGAUGUUACAAUCACAGCUUAUUCUAAGAUGGUCGGCUUUGCUCUAAAGGCUGCCGAACUACUUGAAAAGGAGGGAAUAAAUGCUGAGGUAAUAAAUCUGCGCUCCCUCCGGCCACUUGACAGAGCCACAAUCAAUGCUUCAGUCAGGAAAACCAACAGACUGGUUACUGUUGAAGAAGGUUUCCGUCAACACGGUGUUGGUGCUGAAAUCUGUGCAACGGUGGUUGAGGAUAGCUUUGGUUAUCUUGAUGCCCCAGUAGAGAGGAUUGCAGGGGCUGAUGUUCCAACUCCAUACGCUGCUAAUCUUGAGAGAUUAGCUUUUCCUCAGAUCGAGGAUAUUGUCCGUGCAGCCAAGAGAUCCUGCUACAGAUCAGCAACCACGGCUGCAACUGCUUAAUUUACUAUUAAUACAUGUAUCUCGCUUUGAUAUUCAAGGUUUCUCAGCUAGUGUAGAAAUAAAACAAUACCUACCGAGGCAAAGACAAGUAGGCUGUAACGCUGUUCUUAUAAUUAGAUUAUAAGGGAAGCAAAUUUUGAGUUUGCCUCGGAGUGUCGUUUUAAUAAUUCAUCAUGGCAUGAAGUCGAAAAUUCAUUUUUUUAGGUCACUGUGUGGAUUUCAGCUGUAGUGUUAGACAUAUUAUAUGCAUUGAACAUACAACUACUAUGAUUUUCGGCAUUAAAUUAAAAGGAUGUUCUAAAGUAUUUUAUAUAUUA